AUGAAGUAUGGUGAUAAUCAAAUCCGCGUUUAUUCGCCACCUAUUAUCACCAACACAAACUCGCCACGAACGACGCACUACCAGCGAUCAUGUUCGAGCAGACCUUCUUCUAAAGCGUCUUUCAACAGUUGCUCGGGGGAGGCAUCAUCUCCAAGAACAGAAAUCUCCCGAAAGACGAACUGCAGCGAGUUUAUCAAUCGUACUUGGAGCUUUUUCCGACAGCACAGCUCUGCCAAGGAUCCGCACCAGUUGGAUCAACAUCUGCAAGCGGUUCUCUACGCUUACCGAACCAAAGCACACGAGGUGGUGCGUGUCUCUCCCAUUGAACUCUUGUUCCAAAUGCUUCGUAUUCGAGAGAUCGCACCGGAUUUAUUUAUCCAAAUCCCAUGUCUCCAAGCUGGCUUGGUUUACGUACCAUCUUUUUGCGCACCACCCACUGAUAAUGUUGCCUUCAAUAUCAACAUUCCUGCGGAGCAUGGUGACAUUGCCAACAAUGCAGUGCUGACAUUAUUUUCAGAAACCAGUGACCGGUUGGGCUCCUAUGAAAAUCGCCUGAACAUGAAUACGUUUGCCAAGGAGCCCCCAGGUAUUCCUCCGGAUCUUGCACGAGAACAACGCCCACAUGGAGAGGUACAUCGCCAGCAAGUAGCCGUCGCCAGGGAGGUACAGGUAGAGGCAACGAUCCAGCUCACCUAUGCUGUGUCAGUGGAUGCUCCGCACGAAAUUCGACAAAUAUUCAAGGUUGGAUAUUACACCACGGCAUAUUACAAGCAAACGACCGCCCUGAUCAUGAAGUGGAAAGGACAUGCUGAUUCUAUGCUCGAGCGAUUGGAUCCACUUGCCUGCUUCUGUGGGUCACACGAAACAACGCUUCAAGCUCUAUGUUAG